AUGGCGUCUCCGAAUGGAGGUGAUGAUUUUGAAUCUUCCCUGUUAAGUUUUGAAAAACUUGACAGAGCAUCGCCUGACCUAUGGCCAGAGCAGUUACCAGGGGUUUCAGAGUUUGCUGCCUCAUUUAAAAAUCCCAUUACUAAUUCUCCUCCCAAGUGGAUGGCUGAAUUAGAAUCAGAAGACAUUGAAAUGUUGAAAGAACUUGGGAGUCUGACCACAGCUAACCUAAUGGAGAAAAUCAAAGGGUUGCAGAACCUUGCCUAUCAGCUGGGCCUUGAAGAAUCUAGAGAAAUGACAAGAGGAAAAUUCCUAAACAUCCUGGAGAGACCUAAAAAGUAAAGGACAGCAGGAAGGACCAGGAGAGAGCUGUAGCUUCAGUAGACAAGAAAGAGCUCAUAACAAAUUGUGACUGACUCAAAAUGAUCUUGGCACAGUGUCAUCUCACUGAAGUGCUUUUGCCAAUAUAAGACAAAAAAAGAGAUACAGAGUAAAUGUCAGGACAGUUUUGAUUACAACGUUAUGUAUAUAUUUGUUGUCAAACAGUUGUUUCAUUUAAGAUUUUAGGUGACUGAUAACCGAAAUCUUCUAGUGGACUCAAUUCAAGAUACUACUUUAUAGAAAAUCUAUAGUCUGUAUUUAUUUUUACAUUUUAUUUGUACUCAUUACUUCCUUUGCAAUUUAACACUCUCAAAAUGU